GAAAGUCUCGUGGUUUCACAGUACACAGCUCAGAAGGUAGUAGGAAGUAUGGCUAAUCUUUGGAGAUUAUGGAGCUUUCUCUAUGGAGUUAUCCUUUGGUCGUGUAUUUUACGUGCCGUUUUUGUGAGUGGUCGACUAAUAAGAAAAGGCGAAGCCAGAACAAACUCGACCUUGCAAGAAUUCGAGCGAGGAAUGGACAUGUUGGAACAAUGCAAAACCUUAAAGUGCUCGUUCGCCAUCGAUGGAGGCGAAUGCGAAGAAUUCAAGGAAUCGGUAUACACAGGAAAAGCAAUAGCUAUUUUCAUUAACGUAAACAUCGGAAAUUCGACGAAUAACGAAGAAACCGCAGGAAAGGUCUUGGGGGAGAGUGGAGACACUGGAAUGGUUCAGGUGAAGCGAAAGUGGGCAUGGCUGCGAGACGCGCGUGGAAAGUUUCUUGCCACACUACCUUACGACUUCGAUAUUCUUUCCCUCUCCACUUUGAAAAAGGAUGUGUAUAGUAUAACUUUGGAAUUUACUACGACGCCUCAGUACUGCUUUGCAAACAUGUCUCAAACUUGUCUACGCAGUUUUACUGCGACAGCCAUCUUUGAUUGUCUUGGAGACACUUAUGGCAGCCUCUGUGUGAGAUCAAAAGAAUAUCACUGUUGUAAAAAAAAAGAAAACGGUUAUGUUUGUGAUAAACUCCUUAAAGACAAUCAGUGGAUUAAAAUUGCUAUAAGGUUUCUCUGGGCUUGCUCAAUUGGAUUUGGCCUGUUUGCACCUCUUUUGUUAAAGUAUUUUCCAAAAGAGUUUAAAAAGAGACCUAGAAUAAGGUCAGCGAGGUCAUUGUUCACUAGAAGUGAAUCAGUGUUUACAGAUAAUGAACCCCUAUCAGUGGACACAAUGACAUUGGGUGAGCGUCCACUGAUGUUUGCUCUUGACGAUGGAAUGUUAGAUUUACUACGCACUAAAACGGAGUCAUUGGUUUUCUCAAGAUUGAGUCGUUGUCUUUUUGUCAUCUUGCUGAGUUCUCUGCCUUUGCUACAAGGUUUUAUAUACAUGUACUUAAAGAAGGACGAUGUGGGAGCUACCACUGGAAAAUUUCUUGGUGUUGGAGAUGCAUUUAUCACUUUGAUGGAAUCAGAUGAACGAAUUAAACUGAGUGCUGCAUAUGGUUUUUGCAUCAUGUUAACAUGCAUUACAGUUGCAAUCCCUAGAACCUUGUCUGAUUGUGCAAGGCGGCUCUCUGGGAGGAGAGAUGAGCGCACAUUCCUUGGAUUCAAGAAACCCGAUGAGAUCAUUAGUAUCUCAGACAAGAGAGGGUUCCAGCUGAUGUACGAGAACAUGGUCUUUCAUCUAUACUGUCUACUUAAAUUAAAAUUUUGGAAGUUUGUGCUCCUGGUGAUGAUCUAUCCCUUACUAAAACUCUGCAACAUUGAUGUCUUUGAUGAAGAACUUGCAGAGUCAGAUGAAAAUGUUGAACAAUCAGAUGAGGAAGAAAACUGUCAACUGUGCUCCAAAAUUUGUAAGGUAGUGCUAACACUGCUCUUGUUUCCAUUUUGGGCAGUCACUAUCGCCACAGCUUUCUUCCUGUAUAUUUUUCCAGUUACUUAUGUUGGUUUUCGCAUCUGGAAAAUGCUAUUCCAAAUUGAAAUAGAGUCGCCAUGCUGCCAGUACAUCCCUGCAUGUGUGAGAAUAACAACUUUUCCAGUUUUGUACAUCCUGUUUAUAGUGUUUUGCAUGUGUGUGGAAGCAUCUUAUUACAUGUUAGCAGUCGUCCUGACAUUCAACAUCAUGGUUCUGGGAAGCAUUAUUGGAUUUACAAUAAUUGGAUUUCUCUUUAACAUUGAAUUUUAUUUCCCUUACAUUAUUCUCAGCUUGUGGGUUAUUGUAUACAUUCUCAGAGGAACGCACAAAUAUUAUGCUCAAUUUACCAACCUUAAGACUAUUGUUUUUGAAGAGUGUGAAAAAUUUGACGAAGAGACUAGGAAGGAAGCCAGCAUCCGUGAAACUUUUAGUGGUGCACCUCCCGAGAGAAGAUCCCCGUCACUUUCUUCCCCUCCAAGGAACAAGUCAACUUCAGCAAACUUCCUUAUCACAGUUGAUGGUUAUGGUGUUCCCAGCAUCCCACUGAAUAUUUUCCUUGAAUCCUCUCGUAAACUAAUGCCUUUCAAGCGUAUUAUACUGGCCAAAAUUUUUAAGGUGAUCGCACUGGGAAGUUACCUUGUAGUGAUAUUCUUGUUUGUGAUGUCACUGAUGGAAUUUAAAGCUGUGAAUCCCAUAGUUCAAGGACUGGCACUGUUAUUUCUUGGUGGACUGCCCCUGUUGACUCAGCAAAGCCCACAUCACAAAAUAGAGGCUGAAGAAAUCAGAGAAAGGUUUUAUGUCAGGGAUUUCAUGAAACAGUACACAAAGAGGGAUUUGUAA